CGUCUACAUCAGGCCAGCUGCAGCCUUCUCUUUGUCUUCUGCAGUCUGCUUCCACUGUUUUCACUCUUUGCUCCCUCUUCCAUGGCCACGUUUAAAUCAUCUUUCCCUCAACAUUUCCUCCUCUCACUUCAUUUCUUGAGCAAACAAAAGAUACCUUGAAUUUGGCUCUUCUUUUAGGAAACUAAGUAACCCGUGAUAAUGUCUGGUUAUUCAUUCUUAAACGAUCAGCUGUCGAAACGCACCUCUAUUUUCAGUUUGCAAUUAUGGGUUGUUCUUGGAAUCUGCGUUGGAGCUGCUAUAGUCAUCGUUCUCUUCCUUAUUUCCCUUUGGAUCACUUGUAAACGCCAAAACAAAGCAACCUGCAGCAGCAACAACGUUGUUAAGCCUAUUCUUAACUCCAGUAUCCCCAUCGCUUCUAAGGAGUUUCAAGAAAUCCGCGUCGAACCGUCCCAUCAUUCUAACCCUGUCCUACUUCCGGAAUCCGACCCUGUAUUGAUUCUUCAUCCGGAAGAAGGCAGCGGCGCUGUUUCUAGGUGCAACGGCAUUCACAUUGAGAUAGGGAAGGAUCAUAAGGUAGCGUCUCCAGAGCGUGGAUCCGGGUCGAGUCACGGGUCAGGUGAGGCCCGGUGUAGUGAUCAAGGGAUGACAGUUAGGGCGGUUCCGGAAGUUUCCCACUUGGGGUGGGGACAUUGGUAUACAUUGAGAGAGCUUGAGGAGUCUACAAAUGAUUUUGCGGCGGAUAAUGUGAUUGGUGAAGGGGGUUAUGGAAUUGUUUACCGUGGAGUUUUGGAAGACAAUAGCAAAGUUGCUGUCAAGAAUCUGCUAAAUAAUAGAGGUCAAGCUGAAAAGGAGUUUAAGGUUGAAGUGGAAGCAAUUGGGCGCGUACGGCAUAAGAACUUGGUGAGACUACUUGGUUAUUGUGCUGAAGGAGCUCAUAGGAUGCUUGUUUAUGAGUAUGUUGACAAUGGGAAUUUAGAACAAUGGCUUCAUGGAGAUGUGGGACCUUGCAGCCCUUUGACAUGGGAGAUCCGUAUGAAUAUAGUGCUUGGAACUGCGAAAGGGUUGGCAUAUCUGCAUGAGGGACUUGAACCUAAGGUUGUUCAUCGUGAUAUCAAGUCAAGCAACAUUUUGCUUGAUAAGCAGUGGAAUCCAAAAGUAUCUGACUUUGGCCUUGCCAAGCUCUUGGGGUCUGGGAGGAGUUAUGUGACCACUCGUGUGAUGGGAACAUUCGGAUAUGUGGCUCCUGAAUAUGCUAGCACAGGCAUGCUAAACGAGAGAAGUGAUGUAUACAGCUUUGGCAUUCUUCUUAUGGAAAUAAUUUCAGGAAGAACUCCGGUGGAUUACAGCCGGCCUCAAGGAGAGGUAAAUCUGGUCGAGUGGAUUAAAUCCAUGGUUAGCAACAGGAAUGCAGAGGGUGUUUUGGAUCCAAGGUUACCAGAGAAGCCUUCUUCCAGAGCACUGAAGCGAGCCCUUUUAGUUGCUUUACGCUGCGUGGACCCAAAUGCUCAGAAAAGGCCUAAAAUGGGGCAUGUAAUUCAUAUGCUAGAAGCCGAUGAGUUCCCGUUUAGAGAUGAACGCAAAGAUGGACGGGAGAACAUGCGCUCACUACGAGAUGAUGUAAAGAAUAGAUUGACUGACAAACGUGUAAACGAAUCCGGUGAUAGUAGUGGGUAUGAAAGUGGUGCCCAAACUAAUAGAUCAUUAUGGAGAAAACAAGAAUCCUAAGAGCAAUAAAUAGCCAUUCAAACUCGGGUUAAGGUGAAUUCACACAUCGUCUUUAGCUAUUUGUUUCCAUGGAGAGCCAGCAUAGUUAAACACCACUUCCACCUCUGUGUAUAUACAAUACAUCUCAUCUUUAAAUGCAAUAUUUUUUUGUUUUUAUUUUUCAAA